UGUUGGUUGGUACAUCCUUAAAUGCGAAGACAUUUGAGCAAUUGUUUUUACAUAAAUUAGAAUCUGUAGACGUGUGGCGUUGUGGGGAUGUUUUAACUCUGUUUCCAGCAAGAUUCCAGCAAGAUUUAAAAAAUCUAAAGGAGGUGAUUGUUCACAGCUGUAAAUCAUUGGAAGAGGUAUUUGAAUUAAGUGAUGAAGGAAGGAGUGAGGAGAAGGAGCUGCUGUCAUCUUUAAAAGAGUUACAUCUAAAAAGGUUACCUGAGCUCAAAUAUAUAUGGAAGGGGCCCACCAGAAAUGUCAACCUCCAAAGUCUUAUUAAACUGGAGUUGUAUUCUCUCCACAAAUUGAUAUUUAUUUUCACAACAUCCCUCGCUCAAAGUCUACCAAAGCUAGAUAAACUUUUCAUAAUUGAUUGCGGUGAAUUGAAGCAUAUUAUCAGAGAAGAGAAUGGUGAAAGGGAAAUAAUUCCAGAGUCUCCCAGAAUUAAAAUCUCUCGAUAUACAUGGAUGUGGUAAACUGGAAUAUGUCUCUUUGUCUCAUAACAAAGAUGGCAUCAUCAAGUUCCCUAAGCUAAGAACAUUGUCUCUUGGGCUCAUAUCAAAUUACAGCUUUUUAGGUCCAAGGAAUUUUGAUGCUCAAUUGCCUUUGCAAAGAUUAACCAUUAAAGGCCACGAAGAAGUGGGUAAUUGGUUGGCACAGCUACAAGGGUUCACAAAUUUGAAAACAUUACGCGUGGAAUCCAUGCCUGAGACGAGGUGUAUAUUGAAGGGUCUCGUGCUGAGCAAAUUGACUACUUUGGAGCAAAACGACUUCUUACAAAGAUUAGAAUAUGUAGAAGUGGACGAUUGUGGGGAUGUUCGCACUCCGUUUCCAGCAAAAUUGCUGCGAGCUGUGAAAAAUCUAAAGAGUGUGGAAAUUGAGGACUGCAAAUCAUUGGAAGAGGUAUUUGAAUUAGGUGAGCCUGAUGAAGGAAGUAGUGAGGAGAAGGAGCUACCGCUUCUGUCAUCUUUAACAGAGUUACAGCUGUCAUGUUUACCUGAGCUCAAAUGUAUAUGGAAGGGGCCAUCUAGACAUGUCAGCCUCCAAAGUCUUAAUCGUCUGAAUUUGGAGUCUCUCAACAAACUGACAUUUAUCUUCACACCGUCCCUCGCUCGAAGUCUGCCAAAGCUAGAAGUUCUUUUCAUAAAUAACUGCGGUGAAUUGAAGCAUAUUAUCAGAGAAGAGGAUGGCGAAAGGGAAAUAAUUCCAGAGUCUCCUGGGCAGGAUGGUCAAGCUUUACCUAUCAACGUUGAGAAGGAGAUAGUGCUUCCUAAUCUAAAGGUGUUGUCGCUAGAACAAUUAUCAAGUAUUAUCCGUUUUAGUUUCGGAUGGUGUGAUUAUUUCUUAUUCCCUCGUUUGGAGAAGUUGAAGGUCCAUCAAUGUCCAAAGCUGACCACAAAAUUUGCUACUACACCAGAUGGUUCAAUGAGUGCUCAAUCAGAGGUACCUGAAGUAGCUGAAGAUUCAAGCAUUAAUAGAGAGUGGACCAGAAAUAUGGGGUGGAAAGAAGAUGGAGACUCAUGUCUUUGAGCUGUGAAUAUAUUUGGACUUGAUGCUGUACUAUUUGUUCAAAAGUUUGAUAUCAUGUUUUCCUAGCAGAACAAUCUCAUGUUGAAUGGUGGUUAACUGUUACAUGAUUUCAAGGUUGGUGCUACGAAUAUGUUUUA